CGCGGUGCCGAGCAGCAGGCCCGGGCGGGCGGGCAGCGGCCUCGCCAUGAACCCCAGGGGCCUGUUCCAGGACUUCAAUCCGAGUAAGUUCCUCAUCUACGCCUGCCUGCUGAUCUUCUCCGUGCUGCUGCCUCUGCGCCUGGACGGGGUCAUCCACUGGAGCUACUGGGCCGUCUUCGCCCCGAUAUGGCUGUGGAAGCUCCUCGUUAUCGCAGGCGCCUCGGUGGGUGCUGGCGUUUGGGCCCGAAACCCUCGCUACCGCACCGAGGGGGAGACCUGCGUGGAGUUCAAAGCCAUGUUGAUUGCCGUGGGCAUCCACCUGCUGCUGCUCAUGUUCGAAGUCCUGGUCUGCGACAGGGUGGAGAGGGGGACCCACUUCUGGCUGCUGGUCUUCAUGCCGCUCUUCUUCGUCUCCCCCGUGUCCGUGGCUGCCUGCGUGUGGGGCUUUCGACACGAUAGGUCGCUGGAGCUGGAGAUCCUGUGCUCAGUCAACAUCCUGCAGUUCAUCUUCAUCGCCCUGAGGCUGGACAGGAUUAUCCUCUGGCCCUGGCUGGUGGUGUUCGUGCCCCUCUGGAUCCUCAUGUCGUUCCUCUGCCUGGUCGUCCUCUAUUACAUCGUCUGGUCCCUCCUGUUCCUUCGGUCCCUGGAUGUGGUUGCGGAACAGCGAAGAACGCACGUGACGAUGGCCAUCAGCUGGAUCACGAUAGUGGUGCCCCUGCUCACUUUUGAGGUUCUGCUGGUUCACAGAUUGGAUGGCCACAAUACAUUCUCUUACAUCUCCAUAUUUGUCCCCCUUUGGCUUUCAUUAAUCACUUUAAUGGCCACUACGUUCAGGCGAAAGGGGGGCAACCAUUGGUGGUUUGGUAUUCGCAGGGAUUUCUGUCAGUUUCUGCUUGAAAUUUUCCCAUUUUUAAGAGAAUAUGGAAACAUUUCAUAUGAUCUACAUCAUGAAGAUAGUGAAGAUGCUGAAGAAACGUCAGUUCCAGAUGCUCCUAAAAUUGCUCCAGUGUUUGGGAAGAAGGCCAGGGUAGUUAUAACCCAUAGCCCUGGAAAGUAUGUUCCCCCACCUCCCAAGUUAAAUAUUGAUAUGCCAGAUUAAACUCACUUUUGGGAGUGUCCUUAAGAAACCAUACACACAGAUCUAAAACCCACUUUGCUUUUGCCUUUUUCAUCCAUCCCAAUCCUAGAACUGAAAACAGGCUCCAAACACCAUCAUCUCAUGCCUGCUUGGAGAUUGAUGCCUAUCAGUGACUGUCAGGAUGUGCCAUAGAUGUAGGGGGUUAUUUGAAUAUAUGGUGGGGUGUGUGGUUAUGAUGUGUGCGAUAACUUGCUUUCCAGAUUGGUGCUUAAAGAGCUAGCUGGGAGUAGUAAGUUGAAUUGUUUUAGUAGGUCCUCAAAUGGAGUAAUUAGAUAGCUAGGUUUUGUUUUUUUAAGUGGUACUACACCUAUCAAAAGUAUUGUUAUAAAGUAUUUUUAUACACUGCUAGCCUAAAAUUGUAUUUCAGAUAGUGUUUGUUGUGGCAUAAUUGAAAGCAAAUGUAAAGAAUUCUCUCUCCCAUUACUUGUUUAUAAACUUCAUAGUUGUUAUUUUCAGUGUUUCUACUGUUAAAAUUGUUUUUCUUCAGGCUUUGCUGAUUAUUCUUUGAUAGCCUAAUAGGUGAAAUUUUCUAAUGCAGUGAAUCCAUGCAUAUAUGAUAUUUAUGUAACUAUUUUAGCAAUGUAAUGUAUUAUGUUGAAUUCUAGUUCUGUGCAGUACAAUGUAUUGUUAUUUUUUUAAGUUUAUAUGUGAUGUAUGUCUGUUGCAGAUGUUCUUAAAGAUUGCUUCAACCAUUAAUAUGUACCCAGUGUAGGAUCUGUCAUAGUACUAGGCAUGAGUAUAGGGGUUAAAAAUCCCAAGGAUCUUAAUACUCUGGUGUUAGAUGACUUAGUCUGCACAGGUUUAAGUUCUCUUAGAAGAAGGAGCCACCAUCUUUUGGGAACAGGUGACAUGCUCCAGUGUGGUACCAGGCCAUAAAGUGACACUUAAUUGGCACCUUGUAUUUUCCCACACAGGUAGUAACGUGCAGAAACAACUGAAGUAAGCAAGUGGUUUGUCCAUUUCUAAGAAUAUUACAGUAUUAGUUGGCCAUAAUAUAAAGUAUUACUUGUCAUUGGGAAGCUCAAGACAAUGGCCUUAACCAGAAAUGGCCAACAGGGUCAGGUAUUAUUUUACGUUCCAAGUUUUUCGAUCUGUUAGCAACAGGGAAAUAAUAGUUCAGGGGCUUUUUAGGUUUUGCUUUUUAAAAAAAAUAAGUAUAAUGUUUCUUUAGGUGCUGGUGAUAGACCAGAGAAUCAGAAGGCAAAAGCCAGAUCCUGGGAGAGUACCAUUCUGGCUGAGAACAAAGACAUGCUUUCAGAAUGAGGUUAAAAUAAAAGGAGUGUUGAUAUUCUUACUGGGGAGGAGACGAGGGAAUUCAUUAGCAACUUAGUAAAAAUACUCUAAACUGAGCUCCAUGUGAAUUAUGUAAAUAAGUUCAACAAAUGCUAGCAACAGAAGCCACCCCUGGGAACAUGGGUACCUGAAAGCCUGAGGGAGCCACAGCUCAGUUGAGUGGGCCAGGACUGAGCCAAGGUCACAUAUAGCACAUGCUGUCAGCGUACACAAGCUGUCAGAAUGUGGGAAGGGGCUGAACAGCAGAAGAUGUAACUUUUCAUAAGCAAGGAUUCAUUCAUUCAUUUUCUCUAAUACUUAUUGAGGACCUACCUACCUACUGUGGGCCAGAUGUGGUGUUAGGAAGUGCAGAUACAUUGGUGAACAAUUCAGGUGUGGCUGCCCACAUGCACAAAGUGUACAAUUAAAAGUGACAAGAAGACAGGGCUCAUAACAGCAGCCAACCUGUGGGAGGCAAAAAGCCAAGAGCAGGGUGUGCAAAACACAUGGAAGGAUGCUACUGGCCCUGGGUGACCUUCACCUGGGACUUCAGGCCCAUCUUUGUUUUCAGGAGCCCAGUCUCCCCUGAUCACCCCUCCAUCCCCAAAUAAUAUCUCAGACAUGGACUUUCUCUUCAGUAAGGUUUAGGAGUGGAGGAGCAGGUUUCUGGAGGAAUCGAAGGGCAGACUUGGGGGCAGCAGUGGGAUUACGAGUCCCUCGUGGUCACAAUGUCAGGCUAGGAGCUUGGAACAAUCUCUCCUAACCUGACCCGCCUAACCUGCUCCACCCUAAGGUGGCUUAGUGUUGGAGAACCUGUGCUUUAAUAUAAUUACAAGCUUUCUCACCCAGGUAGGUCAUCUCCUGUCACCUCUUUCCUGCCUCAAGACCAUUAAGUAAAAACAGUGGGAGUGACAAGUUGUGUUUAGCCUGCAAAUUAACAGUCUCAGCUGUGCGUGAGGAUUUACCUAAUUGCCAUACACCUCUGACCACGGUAUUUAGCAUGUGUCAAAUUCUGUAACUGGUUUCUCCUGUACGAUCGAUGAUGUAUUAGUCAGGUUUUGCUGAAAAAUAACCUCAAAAAUCUCAGUGGCCCACAAUUAUAAACUCUGGUUCUCGGGUCUA